AUGGCCUCCUCGACAUCUGUUGCGAGGCUGGUCGCCUACCGUCGGCCUACGCCCUACCUGUUCGCCUCGUCUCUCCGUCUUUCGCCCUUGGGUUCAACCGCAAACUUCUCCUCGUCGGUGUCAAGAGCUGCUACACCAGUCGGUCCUCCUCAGCCUGGAUUCCGUUUACCUGCGCCGAGGAAAUGGGAUCAGGAUCCCGAGUCUUCGCUAGACAAGGCCAGCAAGUACUUCCUUAUGGCUGAAUUGUUCCGGGGCAUGUACGUGGUGCUGGAGCAGUUUUUCAGACCACCUUACACUAUCUUCUACCCCUUCGAGAAGGGUCCCAUCUCCCCCCGUUUCCGUGGCGAACAUGCUCUGCGCCGCUAUCCCACUGGUGAGGAGCGCUGCAUCGCUUGCAAGCUCUGUGAGGCCAUUUGCCCCGCUCAGGCCAUCACCAUCGAGGCCGAGGAACGUGAGGACGGAAGCCGUCGGACAACCAGAUAUGACAUUGAUAUGACCAAGUGCAUCUACUGUGGUUACUGCCAGGAGAGUUGCCCCGUUGAUGCGAUUGUCGAGACUUCCAAUGCGGAAUACGCCACUGAGACCCGAGAAGAGUUACUGUACAACAAGGAGAAGCUUCUGGCCAACGGUGACAAGUGGGAGCCAGAGAUUGCCGCAGCUGCUAGGGCCGAUGCUCCCUAUCGGUAG